AUGGGGAAGAUUGCGUUCUUCGAGGAUAAGAAUUUCCAAGGGCGAUGCCACACGUGCAGCGCGGACUGUCCUGACCUGCGCUCUUUCUUCAGCCGUUGCAACUCCAUUAAGGUGGAAAGUGGCUGCUGGGUACUGUACGAGCAUCCCAACUACACUGGCAACCAGUACGUCCUGAGCCCCGGGGAAUACCCUGAUCACCAGCAGUGGAUGGGAUUCAAUGAUAGCAUCAAGUCAUGUCGCUGUAUCAACAACUCCUGGAAGAUCCUGUUCUACGAAAAGAAGGAUUUCGAAGGACAGGCGGCAGAGUGCGUUGAGGAUUGCCCAUCGAUUUACGAGGCCUUCAAGUUCCAGGAAGUCCACUCCUCUGUGGUUAUGGAUGGUGCGUGGGUCCUCUACGAUCAGCCCAACUACCACGGACACCAGUACUUCCUGGAACGUGGCGAGUACCGCAACUAUACAGACUGGGGCGCCACCUCCCCUGCUGUUGGAUCCUUCCGCAUGAUCACAGAGUUCUAG